UGAUGCACCCGCAAUCUUCACUUCGCAGCGCCAAGGCCACGCUGCCACCGAACAGCCCUGAUGGCGUCGCCCAUUGAAGACGAUGUCUUCGCCCGGCUCCAGCACAAGACCGACGCGGCCGCGCUGCAGCGCCAGCAGGACGAGCUGGCCGCCCGCCUGUCCGCGCAGCACCACAAGUCGCAGGAGCGCCUGGCCGAGCUGGUUGGCGACAACACGUCGCUGCCCGUGACCAUCUCGUCGGUGCGCGUCCUGCACGCCAACCGCACGCGCCGCGGCUUUCUCGAGAAGGUCGUCAGCCCCAUCCUGAGCGCCAACCGCGCCGACGAGUACACGCUCGAGGACGCGCUGCGGGAGGUCGGCACCGCCACGGCCAAGCUGGACCGCUUCGGCAUCUUCAAGUCGCCCAUCUCCGUCUUCCUCGACCGCCCCGACCCCACGAACGCCGCCUCGGCGCCCACCGACGUCGACGUCUACAUCUCGGCCCACGAGCGCGGCAACUACACCAUCAAGACGGGCACUGAGGCCGGCGCCUCCGAGGCCGACGCCUAUGUCAACGCCGAGCUGCGCAACCUGUUUGGCGGCGCCGAGACGCUCCGCGCCCACGGCUCGCUGGGCACCCGCACGCGCUCCGCCUACUCGCUGGCCUUCGACACGCCCAUUCUGAGCAACCCGGACCUCAAGUGGCAGGUCAAUGGCUUCGCGAGCUCCGUGCUGAAGAGCUGGGCCAGCCACGAGGACGUGCAGAAGGGCGCCAGCACGAAGCUGCUGUGGCGCUCGCCGGCGGGCCACGAGCACACGCUCGCCUACUCGGGCAUCUGGCGCCAGGUCACGUCGCUCGCCGAGCAGGCCUCGCCCACCGUGCGCGCCGACGCCGGCGACUCGUUCAAGUCCAGCCUCACCCACACCUGGACCAACGACAAGCGCGACUACCCGCUGCUGCCCUCGCGCGGCUACCUCAUGAAGACCGUCUCCGAGCUCGCCGGCUUCUCCGUCCUCGGCGGCGACGCCUCCUUCUUCAAGACCGAGGCCGAGUCGCAGCUGGCCGUCCCCUUUGGCACCACCGGCAUCACCCUGACCGCCGGCCUGCGCGGCGGCCUGAUCUGCCCGCUCGCCAGCGCCGCCGGCGCCCAGCCCCGCGCCAGCAGGAUCAACGACCGCUUCCAGCUCGGCGGCCCCAACAGCGUGCGCGGCUUCCGCCUCGGCGGCCUGGGGCCCCACGACGGCGCCGAUGCCGUAGGCGGCGACGUCUUCGCCGCCGGCGGCGCCUCGCUGCUCUUCCCCGUCCCCCGCGUCGGCAAGGAGACGCCGCUGCGCUUCCAGGCCUUUGUCAACGGCGGUCGGCUGCUCGCGCUCCAGGGCGCCAAGUCCGACGACGGCAGCUUCGCCGGCGACGCGCGCGAGAGCCUCAAGAAGACGCUGCGCGACCUCAAGGACGAGCUGCCCAGCGCCGCCGCGGGUGUGGGUCUCGUCUACGCACACCCCAUUGCGCGCUUCGAGAUCAACUUCUCCCUGCCGCUGGUCAUGCGCAAGGAGGAGCAGGGGCGGAAGGGCCUGAGCUUCGGCGUGGGCAUUGAGUUCUUGUAGUCCCGGGUCGGUGGUAGUAAGAAGUGUAGAUACGGUGUAAUGUACCAGUACUAGACAGCAAGCAAGCAAGCGAGAUUUCUCAUCACAUCCGUAGUACUACGCCUCUCUCUACCUCCGCGUUAUCCUCUGCCUCCACCCAAGUCCCACAGCUUC